AUGGGUCUGAAAAAGAGACCCAAAAAGACUUACUGUCGGAAUCGCUUUCCGGAACGGCAAUCACUUCGCUUCGCUGGUCGGACUCCUUUUCAUGUGCUUGUUUGUGAUGGCGUUUUCGGUGGUGCUGUUUAUGUUUCUUAUGCUUGUGACGAUGAUGUUCAACACUUGAAAUCUAUGAAUUGCAAAGAAAUUCCCUUACCUGAUCAUGAGCAAGUUGAAAAAGCCCGAAAGCUAUUAAAAAUUGCAAAUCAUUUGCAUUUAAAUGAUAAAAAGGACGAAUAUGUCUUGGAUAUCGGAGCCAUGUGUGCGGUUAAUUUAAGCUACUCUGAACGCGGGGCUGUACGCCGCCAACUAAUUAAGGAUAUCCAAGAAAAACUUUCUCGUAUAAGAGAUUUUGGGCAAAAAUUGCGUUCCGAACUGCCAGAAUUAUUAAAUGAAGAGCUUGAUCCUCGGUUCCUAAUUAUUGAGUUGGAAAAGCGACGUCGUUCCAAUUUGGAAAAGAUUGUUGAAUUCCGUCAACGUAAAUGUCAGCUACUAAAAAUGGCUGCCGAUCUUAAAAUGGGUCCCUAUCUUGGUAAUGAGCUAGAAUUGCUUUUGAUGAGAGCGAACCGAGAUCUUCUAAAGGCGAAAGUUUUGCACAGUUAUUUUAUUAACGAACUGCUGACACGUAGUGAACAUAGUUUGAAAUCUAUACAAGAAGUAGAAGGUUAUAUUAAUGAUACUCUAAGACAAGUGGAAGGAAAUGUCAUAUAAAAAAUCAUUUUCCUCAGGCUUAUCUUUGUCAAGUAAAUGAUGAUCACUGAUAGCAUCUAACAAAUUUUGUUCUCCCAAUUUUUGUAGAAUUUCUUCACUUCACUACAAAACGUGGCUUCAAAGCAAAUUUUUUAUGAUUUUCAACGAUGAAACCUUUACUGGAGAAUGGGAUUUAAUACGUGUUUUUUGUUUACAAUGGGUAAUUUCAUGG